AUGCCGCAUUGUUUCCGGCGGAAGGAGGUGAAAGGGGCGGGAUGCCAAGGCGGUGGGGGAAGGGCUGGCAGUGCAGACCCAGUUGGAAGCCAGGAGACCAGGCAGGAGCUCUUCGCCAGCUACCCCCAGACCAAGACCUACUUCCCACACUUCGACCUGCACCCUGGCUCUGCGCACCUGCGCAACCACGGCUCCAAGGUGGUGGCCGCAGUGGGCGACGCGGUCAAGAGCAUUGACAACAUCGCCGGCGCCCUGUCCAAGCUGAGCGAGCUGCACGCCUACAUUCUGCGCGUGGACCCUGUCAACUUCAAGCUCCUGUCCCACUGUCUGCUGGUCACGGUGGCCUCGCACUUCCCCGCGGACUUCACGGCCGACGCCCACGCCGCCUGGGACAAGUUCCUGUCCGUUGUGUCCAGCGUCCUGACCGAGAAAUACCGCUGA